GCGACGGUUCUGAGGGCGGUUCACAGCUCCUCGCGGCCAACCUUAAGCCUCCCAAGAGGAGAAAGGGAAGGGAGGGGAGAAGAGGGCAGAGGGGCGGGACCAUUUGGCGCCAGCAGCAUCGCGAGAGGAGAAAAAGGCUCAAACGGGACUUGGCUUCCAAGAUUAGGGAGAGCUGUGGAUCUGCGGCUGCGGGCCGGGGGCUGGGGCAUUGGGCAGUUACCUAGUCUGGUGGGUGGUGGGGAUCCACCGGGGCUCGUGUGGCUGAAGGCCCGGUGGGUGUCAAGAUGACAGGCCGCGUGUGUCGGGGUUGUGGCGGCACAGACAUCGAACUAGACCCAGGCCGCGGCGAUGCGGUGUGCACGGGCUGCGGCUCCGUGUUGGAGGACAACAUCAUCGUGUCCGAGGUGCAGUUCGUGGAGAACAGCGGCGGCGGCUCCUCGGCUGUGGGGCAAUUUGUCUCCCUGGAUGGUGCAGGCAAAAUUCCAUCAGUAGGAGGAGGCUUCCAUGUGAACCUGGGAAAGGAAUCCAGAGCCCAGACCCUUCAGAAUGGCAAGCGUCAAAUUCAUCACUUGGGAAAUCAGUUACAACUAAAUCAACAUUGCCUUGACACGGCAUUUAAUUUCUUCAAGAUGGCAGUGAGCAAACAUCUUACACGUGGAAGAAAAAUGGCACAUGUCAUUGCUGCAUGCCUUUACUUGGUUUGCCGCACUGAAGGGACACCUCAUAUGUUACUUGACCUCAGUGACCUUCUACAGGUGAAUGUUUAUGUGCUGGGGAAAACAUUUCUUCUUUUGGCCAGAGAACUCUGCAUCAAUGCUCCAGCAAUAGAUCCGUGUCUAUAUAUUCCUCGCUUUGCACACAUGUUGGAGUUUGGAGAAAAGAACCAUGAGGUGUCCAUGACAGCCCUGAGACUACUUCAGAGGAUGAAGAGAGACUGGAUGCACACAGGGCGACGGCCCUCAGGCCUCUGUGGAGCAGCACUGCUGGUUGCAGCAAGAAUGCAUGAUUUCCGACGAACUGUUAAAGAGGUUAUCCGAGUGGUUAAAGUUUGUGAAUCCACAUUAAGAAAGAGGCUAACAGAAUUUGAGGAUACACCUACCAGUCAGCUGACCAUAGAUGAAUUUAUGAAGAUUGAUUUGGAAGGCGAAUGUGACCCACCUUCUUUCACAGCUGGGCAAAGAAAGUUAAAGAUAAAGCAGCUUGAACAGGCCUUAUCAAAAGAACUUGAGGAUGUGGAAGGUGAAAUAUCAAGCUACCAGGAUGAGAUAGAGAUUGAAUUAGAGAACAGUAGACCGAAGGUGAAAGGAGCACUUGCACAUUUCACUAAAGAUGAUUCCACAGAUGAUAAUGCUUCCAGUAUAUUUGGAGAAGAGGAAGCAGAAGAUGAAGAACUAGAAGCAGCUGCAAAUCAUUUAAAUAAAGACUUUUAUAAGGAGCUUCUUGAUAGAAACAGAUUGAGCAGUGAUGAUGAUCUAAGUUGUGGAAAUGGAUCCUUGGACCCAACUAAGCCACCAGCAUUAGAAACUUUACUUGGUCCUCUGCCUACUGCAGCUAGUUUGGGAAUCACUGAAUCCAUCAGAGAAUGCAUUUCACCACAGAGCCGGGAACCCAAUGAAAAUUCAGGAGAUGGUGAAUUAGAUCUUAAUGGAAUUGAUGACAGUGAAAUCGAUAGGUAUAUUCUUAAUGAAAAUGAAGCACAAAUCAAAGCUGAACUGUGGAUGAAAGAACAUGCUGACUACGUAAAAGAACAAAAAGAAAAAGAAGCAAGGAUAGCAAAAGAGAAGGAACUUGGCAUUUAUAAGGAACACAAGCCCAAGAAAUCUUCCAAAAAACGGGAACCAAUUCAGGCCAGUACUGCAGGAGAAGCCAUUGAAAAGAUGUUGGAACAAAAGAAAAUUUCAAGUAAAAUUAAUUAUAAUGUACUAAGGGACUUGAACAGCAAAGGAAGUUUGACCCCUAAAAGGGAGAGUGAGCAGCCUAAUGAUAACAGCAGCACCAAGAAGUUGGCACGCAGAAAAUGUCCUGCAAGUAGAACUCUAGCAGACCCUGUCAGCAGCAGCAUGGGAAAAAGAUUGAGACCAUUAGUUUCUACACAACCAUCUAAAAAGACUCCGACAAAAGAGGUGUCACUUCUCAAUGCACAGACAGAGGCUACAGAACUUGCAAAACCUCCAAAUAUUGUGGUUGAAAGUGGGCCAGUACUAUAUAAUCAUGAAGAUGACAUUGAAGAAGAAGAGUUAGACGAAGAGGAGGAUCAUUGCAUGAGUGCCCUUCAAUUAAUGGGAGGAAAUGAUUAUGGCUGUGACUUGGAUGAUGAUGAUGGCUACUAGACUUAAGCUUCUAAGGGACUUGUAACCACAUCUUGAUAUUGGACAUAUCUUCUGAUCGUGUGAAUGGUGAAAGGAGUUUCUGGAUUACCCUGUGUUCAUGAACAGCCUAGACUUUUUAAAAGAUAAUUUUAUUUGCAUUUUGUGUUUAAUCAGUUUAUAUUGACCCAUAACUCAGAGAUGACGUUUGGGCUUUGUCAUACUUUAAUUUUGGGAUCAUGUUUUGAGAAAUGUAAGAAAUAUUUCUACUCAGCAAGCAAAGACAGUUUGCAUCUAUGUGGGUAGAAGUGUGGGUCUUGUCUUCUUCCUGGUUCCACUUUUAAUAGCCCAGGUACUGUCAAAUCCACUAAAAGAGAUUAUACUCAGAGUGUCUGAAAUAUAAAGUAUUUAUCCAGAUGUUUGGACUUAACAAGAAUACAAUCUCUUAUAGUUGAAAAUAAAGCUGUAUACAUUAACGUUCCUUUCGCUCCGAAUAGAAAAAAUCACUCAGAGAUACACUGUGAAUCCCAGACAACCAAGGAAGCUUUUUUAGCAGGGCCAUUCCUUAUAUAGACUUAUGGUAUUUUGACCUGGAAAGGACCUUAGAAAAUCAUCCAGAAACCCCAGUACUAGACACCUCAGUUCAGAAUCUUGAAAUCAUUCUUAUUUCUUUUUCAUCUGCCCUUCAACUAUUUGCCAUAUUUUAUCAGUUCUGACUUCACAACAUUUCUUGAAACCAUCUCUUUCCUUUCUCUCUGAUAGCCUCUAUCCUAAUUCAGGCCCUCAUCAUUUCUCACAUGAUUUAUUGCUAUGGAUACCUAAAAAUAAGCUCUUACUAUGUGCCAGGCACUAUACUAAGUACUGAAGAUACAAAUACAAGCAAUAAGAAAGAUAGUCUUUGCUCUUAAAAGAGCUUACAUUCUAAUGGGGAGAAGACAACCUAUAAAAGGGAGCUAAAAAACUGAAGAGGAGGCUGUGUGAUAGAGUAGGUAGAAAAGCACUCCACAAGGAGACCAUGAUGGUGAAGUCUAGAGUCAGAAUCAGAACUGGAAGAGAAUGUAGGUAGUAGGCAUGAAUAAAUGGAGGUUCCUGGAGGAAUGGUGCCACAGGAGCGGAGGGAUAUUUCACAGAAGACCACAGGGAAUGAGGGCUGAGACAUGGUGGUAAAUGAUGACCUUUUUAUAUUGAGAGCCUCACUAUGAAAUAAGAAUAAAAAGGAUGCCUCUUGAGAACCAUGUGGCUUGUGGCUUGUCUUGAAAAUGAAGAGGCAGGGAAGGUUAUUAAUUUAGUACUUUGCCAUGUCUGCAAUCUUGUUCACUCGUUCAUUCAAUAAACAUUAAAUACCUAUUGCCAUGCAUUGUCCUAUGCUCUGGGGAUAAAAAGUCCUAACCCUUAAGAAAUAGAGUUCUGAGAGGUAGAAAGAAGGAUAGAGUAGGAAAAAACAUAUGUACAGUUAAAUAAAUAUAAAGUAAGCUCUGUCAAAGAGAAUACUGGCAACUGGGGGGGAUUAAGAUAGGUUUCCCAAAGCAAAUGGCACAAAUGAACUGGGCCUUGAACAAAACUAGGGGUUCUAAAAAGCAGAAAUGUUAAGGUGUGGAGAUGGCAAAAGGAACAUCAUAUGGAGACUAACAAGUAGGGCAGUUUGACUAGACCUGAAGAGGUAUGUCAGUGUUCUAUAACGGAGUUUAUAUUUUGUCCUAGAGGCAGGAGGGAUCCCCUGGAGUUUCUUGAGCAUACAAUGACAUGGUCAGGGGGCAGCUAGGUGGCUCAGUGGAUUGAGUCAGGUCCAGAAAUGGGAGGUCCUGGGUUCAGAUUUGGCCUCAAGACACUUCCUAGCUGUGUGACCCUGGGCAAAUCACUUAACCUCCAUUACCUAGCCCUUACUACUCUUCUACCUUAGAACCAAUGCACAGUAUUUAUUCCAAGAUUCAAGGAAAGGGUUUUAAACACACACACACACACACACACACACACACCCCAAUGAUUUGGUCAGCCCCGCUGUGCUUUAUCAGUAACUAUUCGGCAAUUGCAUGUAAGGGAGAUUGGAGAGAAGAAAAACUGGGUGCAGGAAUACCAAUUCGAUUGUUAUGAUAGUCCAGGUAAGUGUUCUCUAAUUUUUGUCAUCUUAGCCUUUAGGCAAAUGUGUCAGCUGGGGAAAACAAAGUUAUAGUUUCCAUUACUACUACUUAAAGUCAAUCCAAUUAAACAUUUAUUAAGCUGGGCCUUCUGAUUAGUGCAAAGGAUUUAAAAAAAGGAAAUAGGCAUUUAUUGAUAUGCCAGUUACUUUGCUGAGAGCUGGGAUGCAAAGGCAAGUAAAAAGAAUGGCACUCCCUUUUCUCAAGGUAUUUAUAUUGUAAUGGAGGUAUCUGAGAGAGGGCUUUAAAGACCAGAAGUCUAGGCAGAACCCAGAAGGGAAUGAAAGCUGCCUGGCUGGGGCCACUCCUCAGAAUGGAGGCCUCAGGCUGAACAGGCCAGGGUAAGAAAGGGGAGGACUUGGAGGAAGGCUAUUCCCAUUACGACUUUAUGCCAAAUAAAAGUAUAAACCAUACUUCUUUACAUGUCCUGUUUGAGUUUUGCCCUCCCUAUUUCUGUGUUUUUGUUCAUGGACUACUUCCUCUUACUCCCAUCUCUGCCUGUUGAAGUUCUUCCCUUCUUGCCAGCUUAAACUCAGAUGCCUCCUCCAGGAAGCCUUCUUGACUACUUCAUCUCCAGCUGCAAGUGAUCUCUCCUUAAAUUUCUCAUAGAAUUUUGUUUUUGCCUUUCCUUUGCAUUUCUCAUCUCACACUUUAGUAUGCAUUGGUUAUUUUUAUACAUGAACAUUCUUCCCCUUUCUAUUAUAAACUCCUUCAGACCAUGGUCUAUGUCAUUUCCAAAUUUCUUAGUUUGACAGAUGGAGUCUGUGGGAAGAAUCAAAAUUGUUUCCACUCUGGAGCACAAAGCUAACAUUGGGAUUCGCUAGAGGAGAAGAGGAAGGGAUCAAAUAAAAGCAAGAAGAAGAGUAAAGGAAAGGAAAGAAAGCAGAUAAAAACAAUAGGAUAUGAAGAGGUAUCCCCACAUGGAGGUGCAAGAAUAGAAGAGGCAAGAAGACAGUGAAAGAGUGAGACCUAGAGGAAAGGUGGGGGAAGAGGGUAGAGGAGACAAAUAGAGGAUAAGAGGAGAAGGAAAGGGGGGACAAAAAGAUGGCAGGACAUUAAGAGAGAAGAGAGAGGUGAAAGAGGAAGAAGUAAUAGAAGGUGAGGCGAGAGUUGCCAGAGAUUUUUAAUUUUCAUCUCUAUUACUAAAGAUCAUAAAUUUAUAGCAGAAAGGGAUCUUAAAGAUCCAGAUUAACUCCUUAUAAAUGAGGAAACUUUUCCCAUCUCAGUCUUCUCUCCAAUGCAAAUCACGGAUAAUCUGCACAGUAAAAACUUUGGGUGGUUUUGUUGUAGGCUCACUGGAAGAAAAUUAGUUUUUCUGUAGCAAAUAUUGUUUCCAAGGUGGAGAAAAUGCCAGCUUUGUAGAAAAUACUGUGACCUCAGAAACAUUCCUGUCUUAGUCCUAUUGUGGGAACACAGCCCAAGAGUCAGGAAAAUUGGGUGCCAUAAAACAGAAAUAUUGUCGUCAACUUUUUGUUUUUAAUGGCAUUGCACUCUGGUUCCUGAUGGAUUGUUUUACCUGGGAUGCCUUCCAGGCCAACAAACAGAACUUUACCACCCAACAGUGUCAAGAUUUCUGCCAAUUUCUGCAUGACAGCUUUUUUGCCCCCUAUACAGGGCACUCAGGGUUUUUUCCUCCAUUUUGUCUGUCUUCUCAAUCUAUCUAUCACACUUCCCUAAAAAAGAGCAAACAAACAGCAUCGAUACAAUUGGAGCUGAGAUAUCCAGUUGAUGUGAUUCAGUCAUAACACAGAGAAAAAAAGUCAAGGUAGUGUCUGGUUGUGUGCUUAAAUGACCAUCCAUAUAACACUAGUCGGGUCAUUAGCCAACAAGCAUUCUCUGUAGGCUGUGUCCAAAAGAUCCUGUUAUCUAACCAAAUGCUUGUAAUCCAUACUUGUUAUCUCCAACUUGGAUCAAUUGGAGGACUUCUCUUUCCAGAAUAAAUUUUCCUGUAAAGUCAUACAAUAAAGUUAAGGGAAGAGGGUAGGUCUGGAGAAAUGAGUAAAACCCUUAUGCUAACGAGAAUUUCUAUACCUGAAAAGAGUUUGGAUUAGAGACUACUGAGCAGGACAGAAAGCACCCAGACUGAUGGCAAUUAAAAAAACAAACAAAGAAAAAAACCCUUACCUUCUGCCUUAGAAUCAGCCCAGGGCCACAGCUAGCAAGUGUCAGAGGCCAGAUUUGAACUUGGGUCCUCCCAACUCUAGACCUGGCUCUGUCCCCUGUGCUACCUAGCUUCCCUUUAUUAUUAUUUUGCUGAAUUUCUCAGCAUUCUGAGAGAUGAAAGACCAUGUCUGCAAAAGAAAAGUCAAAAUGUGAAGACUGUAAAAAGUAACAAAAAAACUUGACAUGAAAGAUAUUUUUCUCAAAAAAAAGGAGAAAAGAAUCCCAAUGCUCUUUAAAUAAGUCACCCACAGAUCAAAAGUGAACAUUCAGGCCCAUCUCUUGGUUUAUUUUAAAAAGUUUUUUUCAUGGUUACAUGAUUCAUGUUCUCUCCCUUUCUCCCUCCCAGAGUUGACAAGCAAUUCUACUGGUUAAAAUACAUGUAUUAUCAACUGCCAUUCAUUGUUAGUUUUAGCAUAAAAAUACUAUGGUUCUGGGUGUCAACAUUUAUUUUUUUAAUAUAAGUAGGAAUUUUUGAGGGACCAUUUAUAGAUAGAGCAUUUGAUGUGGAAUGCUUUUGUGUGUUUAAUGAUUUCUUUGAAAUUUCUGGGUAGUAUAGCACAGUGAAGUCUUAAGAAAUUUGUAUCAUAUCAAAUCUUAAGUUUUACAGGAAGUUUCAUUUUCAGAUAAGCUAGUUUAUUAUAAAAUGACACACACAAAAAAUUACAAUUCUUGAAAUGUUUAAAAAAAAAGUUCACAGACUCCACAGAUUCUAAUCUGGAAAAUAAGAGUUUUUUUUAAAAAAUUGCCUGCCUAACAGAUGUCCACACAUAGAGAAGGAAGUGUGAAAGAAUGAAUAACUAGUGAAUGAAACAGAUGCAACCAAUCAGGUAGGUUUAGGGAAAGGAACUGUCAUAGAAACAACUCACCUGGUUGGCCGGGUUUUUAACUUUUUUCCACUUAGAAUAUAACUUCAGAAGUUUAGGGAGGAUAAUUUAAGAAAAUGGCUUAGGUAGAUUUGGUGUCCACCCUUCCUGUUUAGUGCAACAUGGCCUGGCCACUUUGGAUUACAGGAUCAUAAAUAUAGAAUAUAGGAAGGGACCUCAGAAGCCAUUUAUUCCAAUCUCAUUUUUAAGAUGAGGAAACUGAGGCACAAAGAAGUUAAGUGACCUGCCUGGGAUCACAUAAUGUGAGAGGUACAAUUUGAAACAGGUCUCUGCCUCUACUCUCCAUCCUCCACAAAUGGAGGCAAAUGGAUCUCCCUAAAGUACGUGUUUAAUCAUGUCAUCCUCCCCUGUUCAAUAAACUCUAGUGGUUCCCUAUUAACUCUGGGUUCAAAUAUAAAACCCUUCAUAGCCUGGUCCUCUCUACCUUGCCAGGCUUUUUUACUUCAUUCCUACAUGCCCCAGAGAUCUAGUGAUGACUCUCCUUGUCAUUUAAAUAUUCCUUGCCGAAGGCACGCCAUCUCACAAGAUUCCAGUUAUUUUCUCUAUCCCCCAUCCCAUAUCUGGACUUUUCUCCCUUCUUAUUUCUAACUCCUGGCUCUCCUGACUUCCUUCUAUUUUUAGCUAAGGUCUUGCCUUCUCUAAGAAGCCUUUCCCUUAAUGCUAGUGCUCUCCCUCUUGAUUAUUUCCAAUUUAUCCUGUCUGUAUCUUGUUUGUACAUAGUUGUUUGCAUGUUUGUCUCCCUCAUUAGACUGUGAGCUCCUUGAGAGCAGGGACUGGGUUUCGUUUUUUGUUUUGUUUUGUUUUGUUUUGCCUUUCUUUUGUAUCCCCAGUGCUUAGUAUAGUGCCUAGCUCUUAGCAGGUAGGCAGGCACUUAAUAAAUGCUUGUUGAUUUGA